AAGAAAGAAAGAUGUAGCUGGAACAGUCUCCCAAGGCUCCUGAGAGAUGGCCAUCCAAGCCAUGUUUAAAGAUCUCCAAGGAAAGAGAAUCCAGCACACAAGGGAGCAGAUGAAAGGAGCAGCUGGUUUAGUUUCUCCUGCUUUCCACACAUUUCUUGGGAAUCGAAACCUACUGGACUAACUUUGAUUGACUUGUUAUAGGCCCUGCCUCCUUGGUGGAUCUUUAAAAGGAGACAGAGAGAGGAGAGAGAGAGACUGCCCUGCAGCCCUUGCUCUCUAACAAAGAAUACUGUGCCACUUCAUCAGGAAGCAUGGCAAAACUGGUAAUUGGAGCACUGGUAGGCCUUGGCGGCGCUACUAUCGGUGUUCCAGUAGCACUCGGAGCCUUAGGCGUCACUGCAGCAGGUAUUGCUGCUGGAUCGGUGGCAGCAAGCAUGAUGUCUUCAGCCGCUGUCGCCGGUACUGGAGGAGUGGCCGCCGGGAGCCUUGUGGCCAUCAUGCAGUCGAUCGGUGCUGCAGGACUAUCGGUGGGAACCCAGGCUGCCAGCGCGGCAGGUGGAGCUGCGCUGGUUGGCCUCUUGCUUUAACAAAAGGAUGUUAACAACAGCAGUCCCCAACAGCAGUCGUGCUGCGAGAAAAAAUGCUUUGCUGCUAGUCAAGACACAAAAGCCAUACUUGUGUCUUGAUUUGCCUUUGUGACCGUCAAAGCGACUUGGGUCUCUUUUUCAUGCUGCUAUGCAUUCAUACAAUAAAACAACAUUCCAUCUGUUGGGUGUGCUAUAAUUCUAUGAUAAAAUAAAGCUUUGGCAGAUGAA